UAAAAAAAAAAGAAAAGAGGAAAAAAAGUGCUAGAUCUCGAAUUGCGGUUUUAGCUUCUCAUACUGUUGUUCAUCUUCCCGCUAAACCCUUGUUGCCAAAACCCUAGAUUUGAGCUUCAGCUUCAGAGAAUUUUUUGUUAAAUCUUCAAUUUAGCUUGGAACAGAGAGAAAAGCUUCAGAAAAAUUGAUCUUCAAUUGUGAUUUGUGAAAAUAUUACAGAGAGCGCAUAUCAAUGGAUAUAGAGAGAGCAGGUGGGCGUGGUGCUAACCAGCUGAGACCAAUUGACUGUUCUCGCGACGUCCUCAGCCGCGCCCAUGGCUCCGCUAGCUGUUCUCACGGAGAGACUAGGGUGCUUGCUGCUGUUUUUGGACCUAAAGCCGGGACAAAGAAGAAUGAGAACCCUGAGAAAGCUUGCAUUGAAGUCAUCUGGAAAGCCAAAACGGGACAGAUUGGAAAAAUUGAAAAGGAGUUUGAGAUGAUAUUGAAGAGAACAUUGCAAAAUAUCUGCCUUUUGACCGUUCAUCCCAACACCAACACAUCAAUAAUAGUUCAGGUUGUUCAUGAUGAUGGUUCUCUUCUUCCAUGUGCCAUACAUGCAACGUGUGCUGCUCUUGUAGAUGCUGGUAUCCCUUUGAAAUCUCUUGCAGUCUCCUUAUGCUGUUGUCUCACUGAAAGUGGGCAAAUAUUAUUGGAUCCGAGCAAGCUAGAAGAACAGAAAAUGAAGGCUUUUGUAUGCUUAGUAUUUCCCAGCUCAGUUCAUUCAAUAACCCCUGAAGAAUCAACACCUGCAACCACAAAAUCAACAGAGCAAGAGAUCAUUACGUCUCUUACACACGGUGUAAUGACAGUGGAUGAUUACUUUCACUGCGUAGAACAAGGACGAGCUGCAAUUACUCCGUUAUCCAAUAUUCUGAAAAAGAAAAUGCGAUCACAAUCUGCAGGAGGUAACUACUCAUCCAAGGCAGCUUGAACUUUGUUGCAGCCAAAACAACAAUACAAGUGAAAAUCAUAUUGAUGGGUAUUAAAAUACUAGUAUGUUUUUAGAUAUAGAGUAAUGUUUCCAAAUUGUUUUAGGUUUAUUAAUUGCACUGUUGUACUUUUUGGAUAUACUAUAUGGUUUAUGCUUCGUUGUUUGUUA